UAUAUCUUAAAAUAUUACAGAUCUUGAAAUUGCCCUACCUUCAAAAUAUCAUGACACUAUUGUGUAGGCUCGGGGGGUCACGUCCACAGCCACCAUCACUAUGAGGUCCAAAAAUUGCCGCAAAUUAUAGUCACGAUGCUUCUUCACCCUGGUAUUAAACCUUCAUGUCUAAAUUAAAACAUGUCUUUUUUUCCUUAAAGCUAAACUCCACACUUGGUUUCUCUCCUUUCCUUUUUAUUGUUGUUGUUGGUGCUUUUUUAGAGUUGAUAAGAGAUGAAGAAUACAACAACUAAACAAGACGUAAACACAAUAAGCCGUUUAGAUUAUUUCAAUCAAUUCAACCUUGUCGAGCCCUUCCUUGCUUUUAUUGGCUUCACUUUGUUUGCUUGUCUCUUCAUUGCUUGCUUCUUUUCCUUAAACUACUACUACCAGGUGCUCGUCUUCCAUGGUUUCACUUGGUUUGGAGCAACAAAUGAAGGCCUUGGGUUAUUGGACGAAGGUGGUGAUCAUUGUGAUAUUUAUGAUGGGAAAUGGGUUUGGGACGAUAACUAUCCAUUGUAUGAGAGCCCAGAUUGUCCUUUUAUAGAUAGUGGUUUCCGGUGUUUAGAGAAUGGGAGAUCUGAUAGUUUCUACACUAAGUGGCGGUGGCAGCCUAGAGCUUGCAAUUUACCCAGAUUUAAUGCAACGAAGAUGUUGGAAAAGCUAAGGAACCGUCGCAUUGCUUUUAUCGGUGACUCAAUAGGGAGGAACCAAUGGGAGUCACUGCUGUGCAUGCUUAGCUCUGCAAUUCCCAAUAAGGAUUCAAUAUACGAGGUGAAUGGAAACCCCAUCACGAAGCACAAAGGGUUCUUGGUUUUCAGGUUUGCUCAUUAUAACUGCAUGGUGGAGUAUUACAGAGCACCGUUUCUGGUGGCUCAGGGAAGUGCUCCAAGUGGAGCUCCGAAGGGUGUUAAGAUGGCUCUGAGAUUGGACCGUAUGGACCGGACUCAGCAGCAGUGGGUUGGUGCUGAUGUGAUGGUUUUCAACACUGGUCAUUGGUGGAGCCAUGACAAGACCACCAACCGUGGCUGCUUUUUCCAAGAGGGAACACAGGUGAACUUAAAAAUGGACAUUGGGACAGCAUUUCGUAAAUCAAUUGAAACAUUACUUGACUUUGUUCAUAGUAAAGUAAAUACUAGCAAGACCCAAGUUUAUUUUCGAACCUACGCUCCUCAACAUUUCAGAGGUGGCACCUGGAGCAAUGGUGGACAUUGUCACCAUAUAAAGCUGCCAGAUUUUGGUCCAUUUCCUGAUAAAACUGAAGAACACGUCGACAUAGUACGAGAUGUGUUAUCAAAGCAUCCAGGAAGGGAACAAGUGAUUGAAACAAUGAAUGUGACUCCCAUGACAUAUCAAAGACAAGAUGGCCAUACAUCUUUGUAUCAUUUCGGACGAGGAGGAAAUGAAACGGAACCUCCGGGCGAAGAUUGUAGCCACUGGUGCUUGCCAGGGGUACCCGAUUUGUGGAAUGAGCUUCUCUAUGCACUUUUUCUCAAGUGGGAAUCUGAUCACUCCUCCACUCCAACUUGAUUUUCUUCUCAUUCUUGUACAUAGAAAUUCAUAUGAAGUAUUGAGUGUGUUGCAUGCAGUUUGAAUCAAGAGACUACGGUGGCUAGUUAAUUCAUUCAUUUAUUAUGGCCAGAA